AUGCCGACCUCUACCCUCACCCGCGUUGCCCACCGCGCCCGCAGCCCUCCUCACUACUAUAAGCAGCAGCGUUUCGCCACCGUCGACACUUCCGGUCGUCGUGGUUCCGGUGGUGGUAUCGGAAAAGCCGCCGAGACCAUCGCUGCCGAUAUCGACUCGGACUUGGACUAUCCGACUGAGAUGGAUGAGCGGUACAGCACCUCUUCUUGGUCUGAGGCUUCCCGCUCUUCGGCUGCGUCUUCUCCGAGAAUGAGCAGCCAUGAGAGGGCCGCCAGUCCGAGUUCGUCGGGAUUCACAUCCAGAGCGGAGAAAACGACGAGCGGGAUUGGAAGCGAGCCGAACAGGCCCAGCUAUGAUUCUAAUGCUGCUAGCGAUGCGACUGUUAGGGGGCCGGCGGCUGAUAAUACGCUUUUCUACCUAGCAAUGGGCCUCAUCGGCCUGUCCGGCGCUUACAUCGUACUUAAGCCCAACCCGUCGGCCAGCUUGGAGCCGGGCGUUGACGCGAGAAGCAGCUCCUCCCAAAAGCACAGUACGCCCGCCCACCGGCCCUUGAACAGCAAGACGGAGAAGAUGAUUGGCAGGGGUGGUUGA